GCGGCGCUAAGAUGGCGGCGGCGGCAGCGGCGACCGUGGCGGGGGCGGGGCGCGGCGGCGGGGGCGCGGAACACCGGCAGGAGCGGAGUCGGGCCCGGGGCUGGGUUGGCGUCGAACGCAGCGAAGGCCGGAGCAGGAUGGAACCAGGUGAGGAGCUAGAAGAGGAGGACUCUCCAGGUGGCCGUGAGGAUGGCUUCACCGCUGAGCACCUGGCUGCAGAGGCCAUGGCAGCUGACAUGGACCCCUGGCUAGUGUUUGAUGCCCGAACAACGCCUGCCACCGAGCUGGAUGACUGGCUGGCCAAGUACCCACCAUCCCAAGUUACCCGCUAUGGGGACCCUGGUUCACCCAACUCAGAGCCUGUGGGCUGGAUUGCAGUGUAUGGGCACGGCUACAGCCCCAACUCCGGGGACGUCCAGGGCCUGCAGGCAGCCUGGGAAGCUCUGCAGACGAGCGGGCGGCCCAUCACUCCAGGUACCCUGCGACAGCUGGCCAUCACCCACCAUGUGCUCUCGGGCAAGUGGCUGAUGCAUCUGGCACCGGGCUUCAAGCUGGACCACGCCUGGGCUGGCAUUGCCCGGGCCGUGGUUGAAGGCCAGCUUCAGGUGGCCAAGGUGAGCCCACGGGCCAAGGAGGGUGGGCGCCAGGUCAUCUGUGUUUACACGGACGACUUCACGGACCGAUUGGGUGUACUGGAGGCAGAUUCAGCCAUCCGUGCAGCGGGCAUUAAGUGCCUGCUCACCUACAAGCCUGACGUCUACACCUACCUGGGCAUCUACCGGGCCAACCGCUGGCACCUCUGCCCCACUCUCUAUGAGAGCCGUUUCCAGCUUGGGGGUGGUGCCCGUGGCUCCCGAGUGCUUGACCGUGCCAACAACGUGGAACUGACCUAGAGGGGCCAAAUUGGGGAGACUGCCUUGUGCCUCCUCCAUGCUGUGGAUGGAUCCUCCUGUCUUCCUCCUUGUCCCAUGAAGGCCAACCCUCCAGCUCUGGGGACUAGAUCGCUUGGGAGCAACCUGAAUCUUCAGUCCGCUUGAACUUCUGCCCUCUGUUCAGGGCUGGCUCAAGCCCCCACAGGCUGGGGCGCGCUGGUUCCCGAGGGACGAACCCUCAGCCCCCCUUUUUAAUGCUGCUCCUCUCCACUGCCCAGGACAAGGGUUUGGGUGCAGACACCUAGGAGAGCCUUCCUUGGCCACGCUCAUCCCCGCUAUACCUCCCCUUCCUCCUGCAUCUCCCCUUGUCUCCUUCCCCCUCACAAGGGAGAAAACUUAGUGCUUCCAGCCCCUGUCCUUGGAGCCUUCAUGGUCCAGAGGGUAGGGGCCCCGCUGGCCUGAGCAUGCCAUUUUGGGGGGAGGGUAGUUGUGCCUACUCAUCCCCUGGCAGAGGGAAUGCCAGGGCCAUGGACAUGAGACCUGCCCAUCCCUGCCAAUUCACACGGCCUGCACCACCACUGUCACCCCUUCCUUGCCUACUUUGACAUGUGCCUGCUCCUGGCAUUUCAAUAAAACCCAUCUUGGGUCUGUGUCUUGAGUGUUUUUUAAAA